AUGCAGAGUAAUAAAACUUUCAACUUGGAGAAGCAAAACCACACUCCAAGGGAGCAUCAUCAACAUCACCACCAGAAGCAACAGCAGCAGCCACCACCGCCAACAACUGCGAAUGGGCAUCAGGCCGGCAGCCAAAACGAAGGCUUGACUAUUGGCCUGAAGAAUUUUAGGAAACCAGGAGAGAAGACCUUCACCCAACGAAGCCGUCUCUUUGUGGGAAAUCUUCCUCCCGACAUCACCGAGGAAGAAAUGAGGAAACUGUUUGAGAGCUACGGAAAGGCAGACGAAGUCUUCAUUCAUAAGGAUAAAGGAUUUGGCUUUAUCCUCUUGGAAACACGAGCCCUAGCGGACAUUGCCAACGUGGAGCUGGACGAUAUGCCACUCCGUGGAAAGCAGCUGCGUGUGCGCUUUGCCUGCCAUAGUGCAUCCCUUACAAUUCGAAACCUUCCUCAGUAUGUGUCCAACGAACUGCUGGAAAAAGCCUUUUCUGUGUUUGGCCAGGUUGUAGUGACUGUGGAUGCUCGAGGAAGGCCCUCAGGAAAAGGCAUCGCUGAGUUCUCAGGGAAGCCACCUGCUCGGAAAGCUCUGGGCAGAUGCAGCGGAGGCUCCUUCCUGCUAACCACGUUUCCUCAUCCUGUGACUGCGGAGCCCAUGGGCCAGUUAGAUGAUGCAGAGGGACUUCCAGAGAAGCCGGUUAUAAAGAACCAGCAAUUUCACAAGGCACGAGAGCGGCCACCCAGAUUGGCAGAGCCUGGCUCCUCCGAGUAUGAGUAUGCCAUGCGCCGGAGGGCACUCACCGGGAUGGAGAAGCGGCAGCAGCAGGACCAAGCGGACCGCAACAUCAAGGAGGCGCGUGAGAAGCUAGAGAUGGAGACGGAGGCUGCAGGCCUUGGGCACCAGGUCAUGCUAAUGACACAGGAUUUGAUGAGGCGCCGAGAAGAACUUCGGAGGAUGGAAGAGCUGCAUGAUCAAGAGGUGCAGAAACGAAAGCUGCUGGAGCUCAGGCAGGAGGAAGAGCGCAGGCGCCGUGAAGAAAUGAUGCGGCUGGAGCUCAGGCAGGAGGAAGAGCUCAGGCGCCAAAUGAUGCGGCGACAGCAGGAAGGAUUCAAGGGAACCUUCCCUGAUGCGAGAGAGCAGGAGAUUCGGAUGAGUCAGAUGGCUGUGGGAGGUGCCUUGGGCAUAAACAACAGAGGCGUCAUGCCCCCUGCUCCUGUGCCAGCUGGCACCCCAGCUUCUCCAGGACCUGCCACUAUGAUGCCGGAUGGAACCUUGGGAUUGACCCCACCAACUGAACGCUUUGGUCAGGCUGCUGCAAUGGAAGGAACUGGGGCAACUGGUGGAACUUCUCCUGCAUUCAACCUGCUUGCAGCUCCUGGAGCUGAAUUCGCUCCAAACAAACGUCGCCGAUGCUAA